UUAUGCUAUUUUUCUUCUUCUAUGUUUUCUGCCUUUUAAACUACCUAUAAUCUUCGAGAAUAUAAUAGGUAGGAGUGUGGUGUCUUGACGUACGUGCAUAUAUACUAGUAGUCAUAGUAUUACUAUUCUAAUUUUUUGUCCCUCAGUUUCUGUUACUAUCGAUUAUUUCUUGUACUUCGAGUAUCGGUUAAAUCCUUUCGUUUAAUUCCCCUUACAAUUUCUUUUAGGGUGAGUUUCUCUGUUGCAGGGGAAGAAAAUGAACAGUAGAGACAGAGGAAUACCAGCCCAGAGAACACAAAUGUCCAAAGAGACGAAAAGAACCGUUAGCUGGUUAGAAAGACAGUUUACGACAAAAGCCAGUCGAGAUUAUGAUUCCAGUAAUAGUGUUGAUUACCCAACUGCAGUAGCUGUAGCUGCAUUUGUUGUAAAAUCAAUUGAAGACAAGAGUAACAAGGACCAAACAAAGACAAACAUUGGAGCUGAUAAACCUUUAAGCAAUAUUAAGAGUAAAGCAAAUGAUAUAAUUGAGAGACCUGAAAAGUCCACAGCUGUGAAAGCUGCAAAAUCGAGUUCAAAAGUUGCAGACAAAAAUGUUGUAAUACGAACAGCUACGUUGAAUCAAGAACCACUCAACUCCACGCGAUCCCUUAAGCAGAGUGCAACCUUUGAGGAUAACAGAAAGAACUCCACAUUUAAGAACAUCGACAUUGCAUCUGCCAAAACGCCAAUUAGACUAUCGAUGUCUCAAAAAGAGAUGACGAAAGGAACAACUACUACGACAAAUCAUGUAGUUGUAAAUUCUAAAGCAAAUAUUUGGGAGAAUGAAGAGAUGAAGAAGAUCAAAGAACGGUAUGAGAAGCAACAUUAUGUGAUACUUGAUUGGGAGACUAAGAAGAAGAAAAAGUCGAAACGACACUUGGAGCAAAUUGAGGCAAAAUUAGAUAGACGAAGGGCGAUGACAAAGCAAAGUUUCUACAACGAUAUUGAAAGGAUCGAAAAGAUAGCAGGAGGAGCCAAAGCAAAAGCAGAACAAAAUCAAGAAAAAGAAGAGCAUAAGGUGAAGGAGAGAGCAAAUAAAAUCAGAUCAACUGGGAAAAUGCCAGCAACAUGUUUGUGCUUUUAAGCUAAGAUCGAUUACACGAAAGAACGUAAAUAUUGUACAAACAACAUCAACAUUUGGAAGAUCUUUCAAACUUGUAUGGAAGCAUAAGUCCUAGAGAAUAAACGUUUAUCGCAACAGAAUGUAAAAACAAACUAAAUAUAGUUUUCGAUUGUUGAAGCAUGACAUUUAUCGUCUCAUCUUAAAUUUGAAGUUGUUAAUUAGAACA